AGAAAACAACAUGGCGGACGGUGAAGAAGAAAGCACGUGUACUUUCUCUGGUUUGGGAUUGAAUAAAUGGCUCGUAAAUCAGUGUGAUGCUGUAGGAAUAAAGAGCCCGACAGAAAUUCAACAGAAGUGCAUACCACCGAUCUUAGAGGGACGAGACUGCAUUGGAUGUGCAAAAACCGGUAGUGGAAAGACCGCAGCUUUUGCUCUUCCUAUUCUUCAGAAAUUAUGUGAAGAUCCUUAUGGCAUUUUUGCUGUGAUUCUUACUCCUACCAGGUAAGGGCUCUUGAUAAAAUUAAAUUAUUAACAGUUUUGAUUACUGGAAUACAGAAAUGAUAAUAGAAAACCUUUAUAAAUAUUAUUUAUGCAUAGAGUUUAAUUGCAUGUAUCAUUCUUUCCUAUUUUCUUAUUUGUUUAACUUUUUUCCAACUCGCCACGAUCCUUAGCUAAAUAUACAGUUAGUUCCCUCUUAAGCGACCAGUCUUGAUGCCGGAAAUAGUGGCUGCUUUAUGGAGAUGGUGGCUCAAGAAAAAAAACAAGUCAAUAAGCCAAAAAGGGCAGCCAAAAACUGUAUGGAUCAACAUAUAGUAGAUGUUUAUCGCCAUAAUAUUGUUGUCCAUCGUAGUAUACAGGGUGAGUGUCAAACUUGAUCCCAGUAAAUGGCUUUUUUGUCUACUGUAUCCCAGAUCUAAAGUAAAGACGUUCAACAACAAACUCUACUGUCUUUAAUAAAAUUUAUUAACUCAUUCGCCUCUGAACUGCCCAUAACCAACCGGGAAGAUCCAUGUCCCUUUUACCGCUUGUCCCCUAACUUGUGCAGGGUAAAGAGAUCUUUCCAUCCAUUCCAGAAGGAGCACAAUUCAGUUGAGGAGACUGGAGAAAAAAGGCAAAAAACCAUGUAACAUUGACUUGCAAAUUUCAACUAUAAUCUUGUUUCACUACCCACCUACGUUUCCUUUUAUCUAAUCCUAAAAUCAUAAAAGCAUUGCCAAAACCUUUUCCCACAAGAAUGAAGCCUAAUAAAUAACCAACAAAAGAAAAAAAAUGAGACAAGAAAAGUGAAAGAAGAGGGGAGGAUAGAAAGCAAAAAGAAAAAGUCAAGACUGAUGUGUCACUUUUAAACCCNACAGGGUGAGUGUCAAACUUGAUCCCAGUAAAUGGCUUUUUUGUCUACUGUAUCCCAGAUCUAAAGUAAAGACGUUCAACAACAAACUCUACUGUCUUUAAUAAAAUUUAUUAACUCAUUCGCCUCUGAACUGCCCAUAACCAACCGGGAAGAUCCAUGUCCCUUUUACCGCUUGUCCCCUAACUUGUGCAGGGUAAAGAGAUCUUUCCAUCCAUUCCAGAAGGAGCACAAUUCAGUUGAGGAGACUGGAGAAAAAAGGCAAAAAACCAUGUAACAUUGACUUGCAAAUUUCAACUAUAAUCUUGUUUCACUACCCACCUACGUUUCCUUUUAUCUAAUCCUAAAAUCAUAAAAGCAUUGCCAAAACCUUUUCCCACAAGAAUGAAGCCUAAUAAAUAACCAACAAAAGAAAAAAAAUGAGACAAGAAAAGUGAAAGAAGAGGGGAGGAUAGAAAGCAAAAAGAAAAAGUCAAGACUGAUGUGUCACUUUUAAACCCCCAAAUUUUUCUUUUCUACGCAUGCCUGAUCUUCGCAAGCUAAUAUUUUGUAUCUGGAUUAGAAGACUGCAAAGUGUAUGACCUGUAAACAACUUUGUGGUACGUUUAAGCUCUUUAUAGCCAGACAGUGACUAGAAAACUGCUUAACUAGCCUCAAAACACAUUUUUUGGCAAAAUUCUUAGGGUCAAAUGGCUCAAGCAAAGUACCAGGUUUUUUGAGAAAAUCCACUUUUCAGCAUAAAACAACCAAGUCUGGCCAUUUAAUGCCAACUCCGAUUUUCAAAAACUCGACAAAAGGCCAUUUGUAGGUUUUUUUUAUUAAAUAAGGGCACUUACCCCUAGUAUCGAAUCCCAUCAGAGCUCAUAAUUCUGUCCUUUACUCAUGAUGAGCAUUAUAUCUUUCCCAUUUUAGGGAACUUGCCUAUCAAAUCUGUGACCAAUUUCGAGUACUUGGGAAACCCAUCGGCUUAAAAGAAGCAGUCAUCAUUGGUGGCCUUGAUAUGAUGAAGCAAGCAUUGGCUCUUGCUGAGAAGCCUCAUGUUGUCAUAGCAACACCUGGGCGACUUGCUGACCACCUUAAGAGCACAGACACUGUUCACCUCAAGAGAAUCAAGUUCUUGGUUCUUGAUGAAGCCGAUAGGCUUUUGGAUCCUUCAUUUGGCGAUGAUUUGCAAGUCAUAUUUGACAAUGUUCCAAGUGAAAGACAGACUUUGUUGUUUAGUGCUACGUUAACAGACACAUUACAGGAGUUGAGGGAGCUGUCUCCUAAUGAACCUUUUUACUAUGAGGUCAAGUCUGAGUAAGUUACAGGAGAAUAAUUCUGUCAGUUCUGUUAGCAAAAUGCAUGACUAUAGUUAAGUAAUUUGCAGGUAAUAAGCUUCAAUGGAAAACUUAGAUUUUAAUACCCUCACAUCUUAACUGCCUGUUACAAUACCACAGCGUUUUUCCAUGUCCUUUUUACCGCUUGUGACAAUAUUGGUUUCAGUGGUUAAAAGCAACUUUGAAACCCAACUUGUACAUCUUUCAAUCCAUAUGAGGACAAUUCAGUCAAACAGGUGAGAAAAAAUGCUACAAAUCAUGUGACUGAGAAUAAUUAUAUUAGGCUGGUUUAGCAACAGAGCAGGAACAUCGUAAUGUAAACAACAUGCAACCCUAAACCCUCAAUUUGAGAAUAGUAGCAGGGACAGGAGGAUUCACAAUUGCUUGGUUCGUCGCCAUGUUUGAGAAACUGACAAAGAGCGUGUCGCACAUAGUUUGCCUUAUUUGGAAAUUCCCAAGGGGUGGUUGAAGGACAGCAUUUUUACCAGGCAACACAAAAUGGUGCACAAAAUGCUAUUGUCUUUGCUUGUCAAUCAUAAACGUACAAUUUAAAGUGUCUGGAUUCCGAUUUUACAAUAUAAUAACUCACUAAGGGCACCCUGGAAAAGGUGUGCAAAAAUUGAACGAAAACCAAAACUUGGAAGCAAAGAAUUGUGAAUCGAACCGAACGGUCAUAAUCACGAUUAAUCGAGAAUUGAUUAAUCGUUACACUACUACCUCUGAACACGAUUAAUACCUACCACCUUCUAGUUACCAUUCCAGAUGCAUAUUUACCACUAAGUUACGGUAACAUCAACACGCAUCUUCUCCAUACUGUUCUUCAUACAUUCCUUAUGGUACUGCUUGAGAGAAUUUGUUCUAACAUCACAACAUUUCAUCUCUGCAUGGUGAUCAUUUCAUUACUUCUCAUGACCUGUCUGUUUGAUCAGACAGUGUUAUUGUUGAAAGAAAUUGAAUGUGGGUCACUUUUGGGGCUUAAAGGGUUAGAAAAAACUUUUGUGACAAAUAUCCUACAUACUGCUUGAACUACAAUGUUAAUAGGUGGCAUACAGUAUUUGCAGCGAUAUAAAUGUGAUAGAGAUCAUGCCACUUUCACCAGAAAACUUCAGUGCAAGUCUUGCCCCACUACCACCUGUACUUUUCGUGAAAAAUCUUUCCUGCUGAAAUAAAGCCUAGUUCAGGUGAAUGACUACUGAAAGAAAAAAAAUUCAAGGCAACUAAAGCAAAAAAGUGGGGGAAGACUCAAGAGAGAAAGUGAAAAUGCAAAUUUUUGCAUGCUGCACAUGCCUGAACUUUGAAAACUGUAGUUUAGUUUAGGAGCAAAAGCCCUCAUAGUGCCUGACUUGGCAACAAAAAUUUGGGUGGUUUUGCUUCUGUUUGGCCUGUUAGUCUCCAGAAAUGAGCUUGACCAGCUUCAAAUGGUAAUAUUUGGUAAAAUUUCCCCUUUAGCAUAUCAAGAAAUUGAGGACCACCCACAAACAAAGACUUCAGACCUGUAAAACUUGACAACUUUUCUUGUCAGUUGUUCAGCAAUUUCAUUGCUCCACUCUGAGACAAUUUGCAUGAGAUAUUUCCUAGUGUGCUACAUGUACAACUUACGUUUUUGCAUGGACAAGGAAAAAUUGGUGUGUGAGAGAAUUAGAACUACCAGUAGAUUCUACUUUAUGCCAGGCUUCUUGCUGUAGAGACUUUGCAAGAGACCAGCUGUCACACUCAUAAAUUCUUCAUGAGACCGACAGCCAUGCCUAAAGCAUGGAAUAGGCCAUUUUACAGUUGUGGGCUAAGUGUCCUAGCCUUUGAGUGAACGUGAGGCUGAGGUUGACCUUGUUUUGAUACAAACCGCCUUCCUUUUCUAAUGUAAAUUUUGCUUAAAAAUACUAGUUAGCGUAAGAAAAACAUGGUUAACAUAAUAAAGGAGGAAGGGUUGUAUGAAAACAAGGUCAACUCCAGCCUUGUUUUCACCUGUAACUGUAAAAUGGGUUAUUGCAAUAUUAGAGCGGUUUUCACUUGACUGUCGUAAAACCAAAACCAAAGUAAAUACACUAGCCAACCAAAGGGCGUAGUAAAACCAAAACCAAACCAAUUCCUCAAUUACUUUCAACAGUCAAGUGAAAACCGCUCUAUUAUAUGAUGGUAAUCUCAAUUCCUCAUUUCUAUUGAUCAUCCAUAACAGUUUCCAACCAAAGGAAAAGGAAAUUUGUUUGAUUUACUUUUUUUCACUUUUUUUAGUAUUGCAACUGUCGCAGAACUGGAUCAGAAAUACAUUCUUACGGCUGCCAGUGUGCGAGACAGUUAUCUUGUCUACAUCCUGAGAGAGCAUGCAGAAAAUAAGUCAGUUAUCAUCUUUACACACACGUGUAAGAAUUGUCAGACUCUAGCUAACAUGUUAUGGAAGUGUGACUUACCCUGUGUUGCUCUCCACUCGCUGAAAUCACAAGGGGAGAGGUUAGCUGGAUUAGCUACGUUUAAAUCAGGACUGGUGAAAAUUCUUGUUGCAACUGAUGUAGCAAGCAGAGGCUUAGAUAUACCUCAAGUUGAACUGGUGAUUAACAGCAAUGUGCCAGCGUCACCGAAGGAUUAUAUUCAUCGAGUGGGUCGCACUGCGAGAGCAGGGCGUGGUGGAAUGGCUAUAACACUGAUGACCCAGUAUGAUGUAGAUAGAGUUAAACAGAUUGAAGCUACCAUUAAUACAAAGCUUGUUGAGUUUGAAACCAAUGAAAAUGAAGUGCUGCCAUUACUCAGAGCAGUGAUGGUGGCAAGGAGAGAAGCGCAGUUGAAGGUUCAAAGCAGUGCUGUUUUGGAGAAGAGGAUGAUAAAUAAGAGGAAGAAAAUGCUUUUAGAAGGAAAGGAUCCUGAUGGGAAGCCUGUGAAAAGAAAACGAAGACAAAAGAAAUUGACUGAGAAAGUAAAAAACAAGUAAAUUAGGCUCUGAUUCUCC